AUGGAAAGUCGUGCGCGACACCGGCUGCGCAACUUACGUGACCAGACCAUCGGCGACUUCACUAUCGAGUGCCGUGGCCGAAAGUGGCGCGUCGACAAUACGAUCCUGAACGCGGAGACCGACUGGCUCGAAGCAAUUCUUCACUCCCGCAGCAGUCAAGUUCCAGGUGUUGCGGACCUAUCCCUGUGGGAUCCUGAUGCACUCGAUCAACUCCUUGUUUUCCUAUACACAGGCGAUUACGAUAAGCUUGCGCUGGUCGAGAGCCCUCCGACCUCGGUAGUGCAACAGGCCCUCGUGCCGAUCAACAGCACCAAGGCCGACGACUGGGAUUGUGUUAGCGAUGGGCCGGCGACCACCAUCCCCGAUUGUGCUUCGAUGGAAACCAUAACGAGAGUGCUUACCUCCUUGAUUCUGGUGUACACGUACACGGGGGCCCUCGCACUCGAGGAUCUGACCAACAUCGUCGCCGACAAAUUCUUCGCCCUCGCGCACUAUCUGUGGAAGUCCCAACUAUCUGACGUGCUCGCCACCCUGUUCGAUAAUGUUGACAGCGACGACAGGGAACUGCGUCUGAAAGUCCUUGAGCGAUGCCUGGCAAACUAUGCUCUAGUCAGAGCAGACGCCGAUGCGAUCCGGGUUCUUGAGGAGCACGAAUUUGCAGCCUGGAACUUGGGUCACAAGCUACACCGCACGAGCGGCUUGCUCAAAGCUUUGGAUGCAGAGUGCCGUGCACAAAAACAAGAGAUCACGAAAUUGCGAGCUAAGACUCCCUCGCUAGAGUCCCGGUCCCCACCGACCGAAGGCUCGGCCGCAACCACAAGCCAGCUGGAGAAGCGCAUGGCAGACCUAGAGCGCCAGCUGUCCAAGGCAAGAACCAAAUCCAAGGGGCAUCUCACUCAGAUACAGUCGCUCGAGGCCCGAGCAGCGAAUACACAAGACCCGAAGAACACAAAUCGCAAGCUCAACGAGCGUGUUGCAAACCUAGAGCGCCAGCUGUCUGACCAAAGCAAGAAGGCUUCAGCGCGCGAAAAUGAGGUGCGCUCCUCCCAAAACGCGCUGCAGAAGCGUUGCAAAGAGAUCGAGAGACUCAAGAUCGAUGUCAAGGACCUGAUCCACGAGUGA